CAGGCAACUUAUCGGCCAAAAUUACUGUCUGUGAAAUAAGUGUAUAUUUUAGUAUUCUAAAUACACAGUUUUCUUAUAUAUUUCGGUACUUUUAAAAAUUAUCUACAAUUAUGAUAAUAUGAACGAUUAAUCGGUAAAUUCUUGUAAUUCAUAUCACGCUCGUUCAGAAAUCUUAUGCAUAUGGCGACAAAAGAAAUCGAAUCAUAUGAUCAUAGGUGUAACGAACUCCACUGACUUUUGAAUCGAGUUAAAUCAAAGUAUCGUUGCGUGAAAUUAUUCAUGUCAUAACUGGAAAAGAACUCCAAUUAUGACCCUUCACACUUUUGACAUGUUGACAUUCUGCGAUUUAAGCAUCUUUUAUCAUACUAUAAAGAGAACCGACUGGCGUAUAGGCAAAUUCUACAUAGAAACCUAAUCAGCCAUAUAGAAGAAGAAAAAGAAGACUAUAAAGAGAGAGAUUCUUAUUAGAGCGAGAGUUUACAAAUAUGAAAUAAUACAUAUCAUGUGUGAAAACACAACUGUAUAUUCAGAAAUGGAUGACCUAGAACAACAGUGCGAAGAUGCAUUGUUUGAAGUCUGUGAUGCUCGGGAAAGAUACCCACUGCAAUGCGCAAAAGAACUGGAAAAUUGCAUCAAACUUACUAAUGAGAUAUCUAUGGCCAAGGUUCUUGUAAAGCCAAUAAAAAUUCCAGAUUUGCAGUCUUUUACAAACAAACAAUCAACAAUGUUUGAAAAAAAUCUUUCCGAAGCGACUGAACUGCUAAAAACACAAGAACAUAAAUUGCAAGUAAUGAUAGACAAGAUUGAAAACUUGACAGCUGUUUUAGAUCAGAUUAAAAGGGACAAGUUAUGCAAUAUAAAUAAAUUAUUGUGGCAAUAAAUAUAUUUUUCAACUAUAACAUUAUCAUUUGAAUUCUCACAAUUCUGAUAUAUGUAUACCAUAAAAUAAUAUUGCAUAUUCCAGUUUGCAAAGUCGUUGUCGCACAUUUGUUUACUGCAUACACAAUUAUAAUGUAUUAUGUAAAUAUAAAUAAAAAAAAUGAUUUUUUAAAUUUA